ACGCAGCAGUCAUGGCUGCCGCGCAGACGCUGCGGAGGUCCGUUGUCUCGCCGACGGGAAAACAUACGGCGUCGAUUAUCUUUUUGCACGGUUCAGGUGACACAGGCCAAGGACUAAGGUCUUGGGUUCGAGAUGUGAUGCCAAAUGGUCUUACAUUUAACCACAUUAAAGUUAUUUACCCAACAGCUCCGUCCAGGCCAUACACUCCAAUGCGUGGGGCGCACUCGACUGUGUGGUUUGACCGGCUGAAGAUAUCACAAGACUGUCCAGAACACCUAGAGUCCUUGGAAAUGAUGUGCAGCACCUUAGGGACUAUCAUCCAGGAGGAAGUCAAUGCUGGUAUCCCCAAAAACAGAAUGAUCAUUGGUGGUUUCUCAAUGGGCGGAGCCAUGGCUCUUCAUCUGGCAUAUCGGCACCAUCCAGAUGUUGCUGGCGUCUUUGCUCUGUCAAGCUUUCUAAAUAAAGACUCAGUGACUUUUCAGGCGGUGGACAGCCAAAUCCAGAAAGGACAAUCCCUGCCAGAUUUGCUCCAGUUUCAUGGGACUAAUGAUGACUUGGUGCUCCAUCAUUGGGGACAGGACACUGAGGCGCUGCUGAGGAAGGCUGGGAUAACCACCGUAUUCCACUCAUUGCCAGGACUCCAGCACCAGCUUUCGCAGCAGGAGAUAGAGAUUUUGCGAGAGUGGAUUCUUCACAAGCUCCCCAUUAUUCCGUAAAUUUACCUUUCCUCACUUCUCUUUACCAGUCAAUAACUGCAGAUUUAAGGUGUGUCUUUUUGUUUUUUUGGUUUUAUAACACAAGAAAAAAAAUCAAGUAAAUGUGUGUUUUGAAUAAGAAUUAAAAAAAACUGUGUACGUCAAGUUAAAAUACACUGCUCAAAAAAACACCCUAAGGAACACAACAGAUCUCAAUGUGCAGUUGGAUAUCUAUAGUAUACUCAUCACCGCAGGGCAAUGGGAACAAAAGGAUGCCAAAUCUUUUAAUGGAAAUAAAAGU